AUCUCGCAAGCUGAAGCUGACUUUGAUCCCGUUUCUGUCUCAUAAUAACUUGAGCAUGAUAAUCUUCUCACUCUCCAUACUCACCAGUUUGUGUCUUCAAGAGGAAUUAGGCAAUAAACUGUUCAAUGCCAACAACAUCAACCAGACGUUCAAGAUGAUGUUUAAUAUUGUUAUUAAUGGUGAAUCAGGAACCAGUCGUCUCUAUGCCAUUGAUUUAUUUAUUGAUAUGAUGAAGAAUUCCAAAAUACAGCAGCUCCUUGCAGUGUUUACUCACCUUUCUGCAUCAUUGAAGGAAGUCUUUGUACUUUUAGGAAGUUGCUCUGCACUGACUGCUACAAAGGUGUUUGAACUCUUCAUUUCAUUCUGUUCGGUCAGAAGUAUUCGGAAAAUGCUCAGCUAUUAUCUAUUUGAUCUCUCCCAAUACAAUGACCCAACAGCACCAAAGAAUGUCACAGCCUUCCAUCUUGAAGCUAUGACUAGCUGGAUUUCAUCAUCGCUUGAUUCCGAGAUUGAAGCCUCUUGCAGAGCUCUGGAAUUGUGUAUUGAAAUUUUGGAGGAAUUGAAUGAAAACAGUUGGCUUAAAGACCAAGAAAAAUCUGUAGAAUCUCUUCUAACUGUUUUGCACAAAAGUCUAAAGGCUUCUCCACCAGUCUCUCACCCAACAGCCAUGAAAACUUUCUGCCAAAAACAAAUCCUCGUUAUUAAAGCACUUUGUAAUAUCUGCCAAGAAAGCAUGUUUGUUGAAAAAAUGUUAUCCUAUUUGCAAGUUGAAGAUUUCCACCAGCUGUUAGAGUUUCACUUCAACAACACCAACUUCUCUAUGAAUCACACCAGAAAAGAUGCCAAACGUCAGAACUGGGGUGACCUCAGUGUAUCAUUGGUGUUGUGUGUAUUGAAUUUCUUGUCGUUCAUUAAUGUGCCUACAGUAAAAUCCUUCUUUGAAAAUGUCAUGCAGAAUUCCAAUAUUGUGCAAUUCUUAUCAAAGGGAUUCUUGUCGUCUGAUCGCAAUGAAGUACAUGCAGCUAUAAAUUUACUUUCUAUUGGAUCCAAGCUGGAAUCGUUCCCUCAUGUCGCGUUGGGUGAUGCCUUGGCUGCAAACAACGUUGUCCGUGAACAAGAUCAUAAAACAAUGAACAAUUCUACAUUUGGAUGGAAUAGCAGUAUCCACAACUCUUACAAUAUUUUAACAUCAAAUCAUGCUGGUCAGAAAGUUCCUGGAAAAUCGGCAUCAAUUGCUGAACAGAGCAUUGAAGAUUUGAUUGAAAAACUUCAAACUGGUUUAGAGGUAAAAGAUGUGAAGCUUUCUGAAAUGAUAGAUGUUUAUGAGCACAAGCUGCAGUCAAUGCAGAUGAGAGAACAACAGCUACAAGACCUUUUGGAAGCUAAGACAUUAGCAGUGGUCCGUGCUGAUCGUGUCAUAAGUCAAUUCAGGUCUCGUCGUGCAGAAGCAGAAGCAGAGAACUGUAGCAUCCGUAAUAUGCUCCGUACUUUUGAAAAGAGAACAGAAGAAUAUCAAGAAAAGCUACAGAAUAUGACUGCUCUUGAGACAAAUUAUAACAAUUUACUGGCUGAAAAACAGAAACUGGCAUUGAUGGCAGAGGAACACACGGUAUUGAAGGAAAACUAUAAUGAACAAAGUCAAAAGUUAGAGAAUGCUGAACAUAUGCUCAAUACUUUGAGACAGGAACAUACUUCGUUGACAGAGAUGCAUGAAAUCUUGCGUAAACAUCAUGAAACACUGAAGCAACAGAAUGAAGUGAGUCUUGAAAAGCAAGGCAAACUCUCAAGACAACUAAAAGAAUCAGAAUCAAUGGUUAAAUCAUUACAAAAAACUGUAUCAGAGAUUGAAGAGCAGCUGCAGAAACUGUCUAAGGAGCGUGAUGAUUUAGAUGAAGCCAUCGAAAAAGUACGGAGAAGUUUGGACAAAACUGAAAUAGAGAAAAAAGAACUACAGCAAAAGAUCACUUCUCUUGAAGUUGUGUGUCAAAAACAUGAAAGUGUCAUCAAAGAGAAAACUGAAGAAUUACAAGAAGUUAAAGAUAACCUUGCCAAACAUGAACAAAUAGCUGCCAUGAUUCAUAACCUAAGUAGUAGCAAAAUUCCACCAAAGGUGUCUUUUUAAGGACUUUGCUAAUAAUGUCUCUUUGUAUAUGUUUGUGUGAGUGUGGAGUAUGUACAUGUGGCCGUGUCUAUACAUAUAUACAUACACAAUUGCUUUAACUGAGAUCUGAAGUUUCACCUGAAUUAAUUCAAUUAGACUGAUUCAAUACAUGUCACACAAACAAAUACAGGUGUGUAUGUAAUCGGGUGUUUGUGUACAUGAUGUGUGUUGCAUGAUUAAGUUUGCUUGGCUAUCAUGUGAUUCUGAGUUCAAUCCAGCUAUGUGGCAGGUAUUUUGGACAGAAGUAUUUUUUCCCAUUGCUUAGAAUCUGAUCCAAAUCUUGAGUGAAGUCCUAUCGAUAAAGACUGUGUGGUGGCUUAUAGCAUGUGCUGUAUUUGUGUUUCAAAGGGUCAACUUUGUCAUAUUGUUUCAUGCUGAAGAUUAAAGAGUAGCAGUGUGUGUAAUACCUCAAGGAUUAUGAAAGGGACCAGUGUGUGGAAUACUCAGCCACUUACAUUAAAAUUCAUUAUGUAGUUCUGUUAAGUAAACACCUAGAAUAUUUGUUUGUCAGAAUUAAUGAGAGGGUUUGUCCUGCAUGUCUCAUGGGGUGGGCAUCAUUUUACAUGGAUUUCUCAAAUUUGAAUAUCAAGAUAAAAUUUAAUGAAAUAUUAAAUUCUAAAUAUCACAAAAUCAUGCACAUUAUUUUACUGAGUUAUUUUUAAAAUUUUAUUUGAAUAAAUUUUUUUUUUUUGUUACACUUUUACCAGAUACCACAUUUUAAACACUCUUUCAAACUUUUUGGUAGAAUAUUUUCCUUUUCUUUCUUUGUUGCUUAUCUUCCUUCUCUCUCUCAUUUACCGUGUCUUUCUAUACUUUCCUCUUUUUUUCUUCCAUGCUCUCUAUUUCUUUAUCAUCUUUCUUUCUCUUAAUCCAUUUAUUUCCUCCUCCUCACCAACAUUUUUAUUUUCACUCCUCCCUUUCACUUCUCUCUAUCAUCUCAUCUCAAUAUCUUUCAAAUUUAUAUUGUACACUACAAAUAAAUAAUUUUAACUGACAUAAA